GAACAGAGUAAAUAUAUAUAACAGAAUCAUACAACACAAUCAGUAGUAGAAAACUCAAUACAUAAUCAGCAUGACGGACAAGAAACACUUUAAAAUGGCACCUGCUAACCCUAUUCCUCCCCGGCAAGGCGUUGAACAAAAAAAGUACACGCCACAGGAGUACAGGGAGAAGAUCAAUAGCUUGUUUCCGCUUCCGCCAAGGCCUGCAGAUAUGUGUCACGAUGAGUUCGUUAAGAAACUCCUGGAGCCAUAUGUAUUAGAGGCCAAAAAGGAGAUUCGAGCCGUUAAGAUGACCAAAGAUUCCGAUAGCAGCUCCAGUGAGGAUCCGAACGAAGCCUUCCGGGCGAAGAUGUAUAAGACGGACUACUCGGCUCGAGCUUCUGUCUAUAUGGCCAGGGCAACUCUUGGGGCCAGGAUAAGUGGCAAGUCGAUUCUGAGUCCCCAGCAACGCGAUUCAGCGGCCAUGACGACCCAAAUGUUCAAGGUGCGCUUUGCCAAUCUGAUAUCCGACUUCCGGAACGUGUGCAUCAUCUACCAGCUGCUGCAACUGCAGGAGAUCCUCAACGUGAUGCGAGAAUAUCCACCGGCUGGCACCAAUCCCAAUGACACCAUCUUCAGCUGGUCCUACAAAAAGAAUCUUAAACGUUUCGAACAGCAAACAAACACCGUGUAUGUGGAUAUUCUGGAGAAGAAUAAAACCGAGGCCACGCUCGAUGACCUCAAGUUCUAUGUAGACUUGGGGGAACUAAUUGGUCUGGUGCAAGCCCUGCUUGACGAUGUGAUCAAGGAUCGCGAUCUUUGUGCCGCUCAUGGCUUUAUGGAACUUCUCAAAGACACCCAAGUGGACAUCGAUAAGCUUAUUGCCGUGCCCUACGAGACAAUAAUGGCCGAACACGACUCUUUAGUCGAGGAGAAUGAGAAGAAGAAUCGCGUUGGAAAAUUUCACAAUCCCAAGUUGGCGGCCAAACAGCGCAUCCUCAAUAAAGAGCGAUUCCAGAUCGAUUUCAUGAGCCCCAUAGAAUCCCGCUAUAGAAUUAACUGGACCCGCGAUAAUGUGGAGCAGGGACAGUAUGUUGAUUAUCUUCGCUGUAAGGUGCUUUCCGAUGAGUUGGACAAAAUUGAAGACCUCACCCGCAAGGAUUCGCAUGUGUGGAGGAGCUGCCACUUGGAGUAUGUGACCCUGAUCGAGCAGUACAAGAAUCGUAUUAACAUGGUCCAGCAGGCCUACGAUGAUGAUAUGGAAACUGCCGAAAAUAUGUUACAGGUCACCAUCACUAAGGUGAACAAGUGCAAGGACGACCUGAGGUCAUACAAAGAAAAAGUGGAGGAUUUCCACGUGAAAAUCCAAGAGGUGCGCGACAAGAUUGCAAAAGAGGCGGAGAAGGAACGUGCUCGUCUGUCAGCGGCACGGGCUUCGAAGAGAAUGUCCAGGAUAUUGGCAAGACAAAAGGAGGAGAAAAAGGCCGCCGCCAAGCAGGCUAAGUUGGAAAAAAGACUGGCCAGGCGAAAUAAAACUGAAGAACCUGCUCCAACAACUUAAAUAUCCCUUAUCGCCACUUGACAAUACAAUAAUGUUUAUACAUUAAAAUUUGUUUUUAUAA